CUAAUAAGUCCAAGACUGCAUCUUGUCAGUUGUUGAAGUAGGAUUUGCAAUGAUUGCAUGCAAUUGUUGUGUCAGGGCAGGGAUGGAAAAAUCGUGAAAUUGGUUUUUGCCUGAGUGGACUCUAAACUGACCCUGACCCUGAAGCGGUCUGUUGAGACUGAGCACUCACUUGCUCAGACUAACCAAUCUUCUCUCUCCAGGCAGGUGACAACAAUUGAGUUAGUACUGAAGGGAAGUCUCAAUUCCUGUUAUCUCUUGCGUUGUCUCUGAGUGUUUGUUUAUUUUAUUUAUCUGAAUUGUGGGAAGAUUCAAAAUGGUUGAUGCAGGGAAGGCAGAAACUUCUGAAGUCAAGCCUCAGAUUCCGCUGGACCCUUUAGAGGCUGAACUGCAGGCCCAGGAGGAGAAACUUCGCCAGCAGGCCCAGGCAGUUGAGACUCUAAAGGCUGAGUUGAAGAAGAAAGAGGAAGCAACCCAGAAAGAGGCAAGGCGAAAGUUGCUGAUUGCAGAUGUGGAGAAGAUCAGGCGGCCUAAGCUGACACCGCCUUUAGCACCAUUUGAGUUUCAGCGGCCUAAGGUGACACCGCCACCCAUGUUCUCAGGCGAGGACCCAAAGGUGGAUGUGGCAGACUGGGUUGUUGUGCAGAGAACCUACCUGAGUGGGUUCAAAUGUGAUGAGGAUGUGAAGGUGUCAGCCAUCCUCGCUCGCUUGGAGCGAUCAGCACUGAAAUGGUGCACCGCCACCUCCAGCAAGCAAGGAGUUGCAUCUUCAGGGUCUUUCACUUUUGAAGACUCUGAGUUGGAUGCGACGUGGGAGGAGGAUGAUGCUCAGUGUAUUGCUGAUUUUUUCCUGUCCUUGCAGGAGAAGAAGAAGCAUAAGUCUGAACUCAUCCUGCUUCGACCCUCCAUCCUGGGAGCCAAGAUCAAAGGGUUCUUAGACUGUGGGGCUACUCGCAACUUCAUCUCCCCCAUGACAGUUAGCAAGCUGCACUUGGAUCAGAGAUUGGUGAAAUUGCGACAGCCUUUGGAGAUUGACCACGCCCGUCUGUUCGUGGCUUAUGUCAAACAGACUGACAUGGAGAUUGCUCCCUGCCCCUCUCAGAUGCAGCAGGUUGUGGACAAAUUCUCAGAUUUUAUGGAGGAGCCUACUGGACUUGUCCAUAGGAAGACCAAACAUAAGAUUGAGAUCCUACCUGGUUCGGUUCCCCCCAACAGUCGGGUCUACAGGAUGUCUCCUGCUGAACUUGAAGAGCUCAGGAAAGGGUUGGAGACCCUGACCAGCAAGGGCUGGAUCAGGCCCAGCACAUCUGAAUUUGGGGCACCAGUCCUCUUUGUUCCAAAUGGGAAUGGUGAGUUCAGGAUGUGGGUGGACUAUCGUGGUCUCAACAAAAUCAUGAGGAAGUCUACAGAGCCCCUUCCUCGCAUUGAUGACCUGUUGGAUAUGGUGCAGGGAUGCACUAUCUUUAGCAAGAUCGACCUCAAAUCUGGUUAUCACCAGAUUGAGAUGGUUGAAGGCGAUGUCCACAAGACAACCUUCAAAACCAGUUAUAUUAGCAAGAAAGGGUUGCAGAAGAUGCGCCUGGGCCUGAAGGUCCUGAAGUUAGAUCAGCCCGUUGUAAGUAAGCUAGCGGAGAAUAGAGAAAUGGUAGUAGAUAGCUAUGUUGAAGGGGUUGGGGCAUACUUCCGGUUGGAGGCAGGGGGAAAGGUGGAACGUGUUCUGCACUCCUUGACACUCUUAAUGGAGUACAGUCUCCCUUUUGACAUGAUACUAGGGACUGAUUGGGGUGAGGCCGCCGAUGCAGAUGUGAAACCAGGUCCACAAGCAUUGGACAAGAUGGACAAGGAAGUGGGGAGGGCGAAUGGGGCAGGGCUAGGCAAGGGACAAGGCCAGAUCAGACAUCAGGAAUCGGGGUCACGGGCAAGGGUGGCUGUAGCAGGGGUGUGUGUCGAACAAGGUGGCGAGGUUGUAGCAGGGUUUAAGCAAGGGUUCAGGGUUUUAGCCAAGUGCAUGGAAGAGUUGUUUCCAGAAUUGGGAGAGGAAGCGGGGGUCGCGAUCACUGAUGAUAUUCUCGGGGAGGGCGUGGUGUCGGGCGACAUGGUCGAAGAAGAGAAUGACAGUCUUUGGCAUUGCUUUGACGUCGGCAAGGAUAGAAGGCCAAUGGAAAUAUCGGGAGAUGGUGUCAAAGGUUUUCUGGAAACCAAGGUGGCCAGCGGUCUUGGCGUCGUGGUGCUCGGCCAAGAGCUGGGUGCGGAGGCCACAGGCGUCAGGGAUGCAAAGUCGGCGAGUGCCUUUGGUCUCGGGGACGGGGUCGAGGUCGCGGAGUUUGUUAUAGAUGGUGGAGAAGUCUGGGCAAGAGAGGUAUCCUUGGGUGUAGCAAUGGCGGAGCGAUGGCAGGAGCUGGAUAUGGGUCAUGGCGGCAUAGACUUUCUCGGGGGGGUUGUGAUCGGGGCGGCGGGAGAGGGCAUCGGCAACGUGGUUGCUCUUGCCAGGGGUGUGACAAAUGGUAAAGAAUUUCUGGUCGCGGAGGAUGGCGAGAACUUGGCGGAGAUGAUCAAGGUGGGACUCGAAGGUGGGGCUAAAAGCAAGGAUGUCGUCGAGGUAGAUCACGACACAGACUUCGAGGAGGUCGCGAAAGAUGUGGUUUAUGGUGGAUUGGAAUGUGGCGGGAGUGUUGGUGAGACCGAAAGGCAUUACGAGAAACUCGUAGUGCCCGAAGCGGGAGCGAAAGGUGGUUUUGUGGGUGUCCUCGCGGAUGCGGAUCUGGUGGAAGCCACUGCGGAGGUCGAUCUUGGUGAAGUAUUUGGCUCCACGGAGGCGAUCAAGGAGUUCGGAUAUCCGGGGAAGCGGAUACUUGUUCUUGAUCGUGAUCUGGUUCAAGGCGCGAUAGUCUGUGCACAUGCGGAGUUCCGAGGUGCCGUUUUUCUCGACGAAGAGACAGCUGGUACCGAAGGGGGAGGAACUAGGCUUAAUGAAUCCAUUUUCAAGGAGUUCAUUGAGAUGGCGCUUCAUUUCUUCGGCCUCGGGGACGGAGAGUUGUUAUGGGGGGCGGCAAGGGGGGGAGUGGCCGGGCUCGAGAUCGAUGGUGUGGGAAACACCUUGGUCGGGAGGUACUCCGGCGGGCAAGGAUUCAGGAAACACCUGGCGGCAACGGAAACAACCGCCGUUGGUCUGGAGGAAGGCGCGUUCGGCAGGGGUGAGCUUUUUGAGACGAGGGGGUUGGGGGGAGGAGGAAGGCUGGGAGGCCAGGCGUUGCCGUUCCAUCCUCAUGAGAUGGACAGCCUGGAAGUCUUCCUCGGUGAAUUGGGCUGGGUCAAGGGACUCGGGAGAGGAAUCAAAGCCGUCGUCGGAGACCAUGUUGUGGAAAAACCGGGUGUGGUUGGGGGCGGCUGGUCGUUGAGAGCGGAGGUGAGGAAGGCGAUCAUGGUGGAGAAGGCGGGUAAGGAGAUCGGUGAGAGGGAGCUUGGGCUCAUGGGUGAGGGCUGUGGCGAGGUGGGGGAAGCAUACCCGCUUGAUGAGGGAGAUGAAGACGUAGUCGGGAAUGAGAGUCAACGGGAUGUGGAGGCGGAGGGAGCGAACGUAAUGGAUGAAUCGCUCGGUGGGGCUGGUUUGGCGGAGGUUGCAAAAUUGAUUGAUGUAGUCAUCGAUGGUCUUUUGUGGACGGAAGGUGGCGGUGAGAAGGUCGGCCCAUUGAAGGAAGGUGAUGCGGGGAAGGUCGUUGGCUCGACGGUUGUUGGCUUUGGCAUUUUGAAUUUGAGAGAGGAAAAGGAGGACGUCCUCGUGGGGGAGGCCGGAGAACGUCGCGAUAUCGGUGGCGCGGAAGGAGCAGGGAAUGUCCCCGUUGCGGGGGAUGAUGCAAGCGAGGUUGUUGAAGUUGCGGUCGUCGGGAGAGGUGUCGUAGUAGGUGUGAUCCUGACUGCGGUCACCAAGGAGGUACCAAGGAGGAGGUUGGGGUAUGGCGGGGUAAACGCCCGAAAGGACUUGGGAGCUCAGACAUUGGAAGAGUUCGUACGGUCCGUGUACAACAGGUGGCAUGACCCGCAAGGAGCUCAGAAGGCCACCGAUGCUAUCAACAAUCUUUGUUCCCGCAGGUUCAAGAAUGUUAGAGAGCUAACGGACACCGUAAAACGUUUACUCGUGGUACCUGGUGUGCGUUUUGACCAGCAGGUUCUCCUGACGGACUACCUAAGGUGCCUACCUGUAGAGGUAAGGACCAAGCUGGUUGAUGAGGCCUAUGUCGAACAGCACAGCUUCGCUCCUUUUAGUAAGAAGGCUCUGGACAUAGAGGCAAAGCUGGGAUCCGCGCAUCAGGCAUCUCAUGAUGGUAGGAAGAGACUUCCCCAGGACUGGAAGAAGAAGGGUCAGUUGAUGUUCGUUGACCAUGAUGGUCAAACGACGGAGAUUGACGAUUUCCCAGACCUUGGGGACGCGACAGAGCAAGAUGGGGCUAGCGUGGUAAAAAGGGAGGUUGUCCAUGCAAUAGAGGUUGUCCCAGGUAGUAAGGUGUCUAGAGGACGAAGCUAUAGGAUGUCUCCUGCGGAGUUAGAUGAGCUUCGCCGCGAGCUCAAGGAGCUCACAGAGAAGGGAUGGAUCCGGCCUAGUACCUCCCCUUACGGUGCGCCAGUUUUAUUUGUCCCAAAGAAGGGAGGUCCAUUAAGGAUGUGCAUUGACUAUAGGGGCCUCAAUGCCAUCACCGUAAAGAACGUCGAGCCCCUACCCCGCAUCGACGACCUCUUGGAUAGAGUGCAGGGAUGUCGGUACUUCACCAAGAUAGAUCUGAAGUCCGGAUACCAUCAAAUUGCCGUUAGACCUGAGUACCAGCACAAAACCACAUUUGAGACCAGGUACGGUCUGUACGAGUUUGUGGUGAUGCCCUUUGGUCUAUGCAAUGCACCUGGUACAUUCCAGCACGCGAUGAACAAGAUAUUUCAUGAGUACUUAGACAAGUUUAUCGUCGUGUACCUCGAUGAUAUUCUUAUCUUUAGUAGGACUGUAGAGGAGCACGCUGAGCACUUGAAAAUAGUGCUUGGUCUCUUACGACAGCACCAGUACAAGGUAAACUUGGACAAAUGUAAGUUUGGUCGCACCAAGAUCUUGUACUUGGGUCAUGAAAUCUCAGCAAAAGGAUUGAGGCCGGAAGAUGCCAAGGUGGCCAGCAUACGUGACUGGCCCAAACCUCAGACAGUUACUGAGGUCAGAUCGUUUUUGGGGAUGAUGGGCUAUUAUCGUUCGUUUGUGACCACAGAUGCCAGCCAAUAUGGCAUAGGCGCGGUCCUUGCGCAACAGGAGGGGCCAAAGUUGAGACCGAUCGAGUAUAUGAGUAAAAAGAUGCCUUCCCAGAAGUUAGCUAAGUCCAUGUAUGAGAGAGAACUCUACGCCCUGUACAGAGCACUUGUUCAUUGGAGACACUACCUCCUAGGGAGAUUCUUCAAUGUGAGGUUGGACCAUGAGACUUUGCGCUGGAUUAAGACACAGCCUGUUCUGUCGGACGCACUCAAAAGAUGGAUUCAAGUGGUAGACAUGUAUGACUAUCAACUUGAUCCUAUCAAGGGUAUGUACAACAAAGUGGCUGAUGCAUUAUCGCGAAGGGCAGACUAUUUGGGCGCUCUAGUCACUGAGUUUGGCAUAUCUGACGAACUCACUCGAUCGUUGGUGGAAGCCUAUCAGGGAGAUCCAGUUAUGUCAGAGAUCAUCCGUAGAUUCCAAGCAAAGGACAAAACGACUUUGGACGAAUUUACGAUGGUAGAUGGCUUGCUGUUUCUCGAGAAGGCAGGGAAUAAAAGAUUGUGUGUCCCGUAUACGGAAACACCCGUUGUGUUCCUGGAGGUAUAUGCGUUCUGCGGGUGUGAGUUUUUGGAGACGACGGGGUGGAGAAGCAGAAGGCGGUCGGGGGGCACGAUCCUGGCGUUCCGUCCGCAUAAGGUGGGUGGUCGGGAGGUCCUCAAUGGUGAAUUGGGAGGGGUCGAGAGAGGCAGUGCCAAAGUCGUCAUCGGAGGUGGGUGGAGUGGUGUUGUUAUGGAAAAAGCGGGGGCGGGAGGGAGCGGGCGCGGACUGGUGAUGGGGGUGGAGGAGUUGAUCGUGGUGAAGCAUGCGAGAGAGGAGGUCAACGAGGGGCAUGUAGGGUUCGUGGGCGAGGGCGGUUGCAAGGUCUUUGUAGCAUACUCGCGUGAUGCGGGAGAUGAACGCAAAGUCGGGAAUGAUGGUGUUGGGGAGGUGAUGGCGGAGGGAGCGGAUGUAUUGGAUGAAGCGGUUUGUGGGACCGGUCUGGCGGAGGUGACAAAAUUGUCCGAGGUAGUCAUCGAUGGUUUUCUGGGGGCGGAAGGUGGCAGUGAGAAGGUUGGCCCAUUGGAGGAAGGAGUGACGCGGUCCUCCGGAGGCACGACGGUUGCUGACUUCGGCCAUCCACCAUUUGGCGGCAUUGCCGAGGAGGUGGGAGGUGGCAAUGGGAAGGCAGUGGACAAGGGGCAUGUGGUGGAGGUUCAAAGAGUUUUGAAGUUGGGUAAGGAAGAGGAAAACGUCCUCGUGGGGAAGGCCGGAGAAGGACAUGAUGUCGGUGGAUCAGAAGGAACGGGGGACUUCCCCUUCGCGGGAAACGAUCCGGGCGAGGGUGUUGAAGUCGAGGUUAUCCAGGGUGGUGUCGUAGCAGGUGUAAUCGAAUUGGCUGUUGUCGUCAAGGAGGUAGUUGGGGGGAAGUUGGUUGAGGAGGAAGGGUUGGUGGAUAUGGUGGUGGAGGUGGUAGGAGUGGAGGAGGUCGGCGGGGGCGUGUUGUUAGAGGCGGCCGUGGAGGAGGGAGUGGUCUGCGUUGUGGAGGAGGGAGGUGCGGCCGUGGUGACGGCCGUGAUGGAGGGGUUGUUCCCUUCGAGCGUGGUGACGCGGUCGGAUAUGGACGACAUGGUGGCCUUUAUGUCGUUGAGAGAGGCGGUGACGGAUGUUUGGAGGGUGUCGAGUAUGUGGAGGAUGGCGGAGAGGUCGGGGGUGGCGGUGUUUGCUGGUGUUUGUUCGCCUGCGAGGUUGCGGGCAAUGCCAUCGACCGAGUCGGUGCGGAUGUCACACAUGUUGAUGGAGGAUGCGGCCAUGUCAGGGGAAGAGGGGGUGGAGGACACGACCGGAACGGAUGUGGAGGAUGCAGCAGCAGCAGUGGAGGCGGCAGUAGCGGUGGUGUUGGCGGCGGUGCUUUGGGAGUUCUUGGGUUGGCGUGGUGGCAUGUGGAGGUGGGGGGGGCAAUCCCUUGUUUAUUGAUCAACAAAUUCAAAAAUAACGA